UGAGUGUUGGCGGUGUCUUCCUCCAGACGCCUUGCCAGGCAUGCUGUACAUAGUGUACAAGUGAAAUGAUCCGUGCACGCCAUGUCCGCUGCCCCAGUUUCCCCCCUUUGAUGGUCAACACAAUGUCGUCAUGACCAUCAAGGUGUAAACAAAGCGAUCAACCGAUCAGGACCGCAAUAUUGAAAUCGGACGAAACAUUCCGCAGGCCAAUUGCAGCUUUCCUUUCACCCUGCAGAAAAAGGCUCGGCAAGGUGCUUCCUUCCUCCCCUUCCUCAUCACCAUAUCCCGUUUGUUUACUUUCUUUCCCCGUGCAUUGCCAACAUCAACGACGCCAGAGAUUCCCGAUUUCUUCUCUUCCCUUUCGAAAAACUAAGAAAUGGCUAUUCUCGCAUCAGCUUGCCAGAGACAAACAACCCGACUUUUAACCCAAAACGCCGUGUCUGGUCGCAUUUCCGCACUCUCUGCGACUCGUGACGUCACCGCAGCAACCCCCUUCUCUUAUAAGUUGAGGGGAACUUCUACCCGCACCAUCAUCACCCAAACACAACAACCGUCCGCUCCUCAGACUCGCACAACUGCCUCUCGUUAUAAGGCACUUUCUCAAGUACAGGCUGUUACUCCUAGACAAACCUUCGCAACCAUGACCCAACCCAACACCCAACCCUACCGAGCAAUGCAAUCCUCCGGCUCCACCGACCCCGUCUGGACGCACAAGCUGCCCUGGUCCAAGAUUCCCGAAUUCCCAUCCCUCGACAAAGACCUCGAAACCGACAUCGCAAUCAUCGGCGCCGGUAUCGCUGGCAUUUCCACCGCCUACGAGCUCGUCAGGCGGGGCAAGCAAGUCACUCUCAUCGAGGCCCGCAACGUGCUGUCUGGCGAGACGGGUCGCACCUCGGGCCACUUGACCAACGAUCUAGACGACGGCUUUGUCGAGAUCGCCAAGAAGCACGGCGAGGAGGGCGCGAAGCAGGCGGCUGCUAGCCAUGCGUGGGCGAGAGAUAGGAUUGGUGAGAUUGCCAAGGAGUUGAACAUUGAAUGCGAGUAUCGCAGGUUGCCGGCGUACGAUAUCAGCCAGUUCCCCGUGGGCGAGAAGAAGCACGAUGAUGAGUUGCAGGAGUUGAAGGAGGAAGCCGAGUUUCAGAGGAAGAUUGGGAUGGAGACGAGGUUUGAUCCCAACCUAACAGUCCGCGGCUGGACCUCCUCCAUCGACCAACGCGGCGGCAUGGUCGCCGACAACCAAGCCACCUUCCACCCGACCAAGUACCUCGUCGGCGUGCUCAACUGGCUCCAGACCCAGCCCAACUUCCACUGCUACGCCCGCACCCGCGUCAUGGACAUCAAGGAAAAAGGCAUCGAGCUUUUGGGAAUGGGCCACAAGACGGUCGAGAUCCAGACGGAAAACGGCCACACCAUCAAAGCCGAGAACGCCAUCGAAGCCACCUGCGUCCCGCUCCAGAAGCUGUCGGUGAUCACCCAGCUCGAGUUCUACCGCACCUACUGCAUCGCCGUGCGCGUGCCCAAGGGGUCCGUCGAGGACUGUCUGCUGUACGACAACGCGGAAGAGUACAAGUACGUCCGCCUGACCGCGUGCGACGAGAACGACGAUUACCUCGUCGUCGGCGGCUGUGAUCAUAAGGUCGGCCAGGAGGAGACCACGUCCCGCUUUGGCGAGCUGGAGAAGUGGACGAGGAGCCGCUUCCCUCAAACAAAAAGCACAGACUAUAAGUGGAGUGGACAGAUCUUUGAGCCGGUUGAUUACGUGGGUUUUAUCGGCAAGAACCAGGGCAACGAUAAGAUUUACAUAGUCACUGGUGACUCGGGCGAUGGCUUGACGCAUGGUGUUUUGGCGGGCAGGUUGUUGGCGGAUGAGAUUGAGGGUGUCAAGAACCCGUGGGCGGAUCUGUACAGUCCCAAGCGCGUGGCGAGCAUCUUGAAGUCCCUGCCGAGCAUGGUCGGCCAUGAUUUGCAGAUUAAUGCGCAGUAUAAGCGGUUUUUGCAGACGGAUAUUCAGGAUAUUGAGGACUUGCCUAGGGGGUGUGGUGGUGUUUUGAACAAGGCCACUCAGAAGCCCGUCGCCGUGUACAAGGACGAGAACGGUAACGUCAAGCAGUUCAGCGCUCUCUGCCCCCAUCUCAAGGGCGUCGUGUGCUGGAACCAUGUCGAGAAGAGCUUCGAUUGCCCGGUGCAUGGUUCUCGCUUCUCUAAGGAGGGUAUUUGCGUUAGUGGACCGGCCAAGGCGGGUCUGGCGCCUGCUGAUGAGGCGGGUGAGAAGGAGCAGGUUGCUGCUGCUGCUUAAGUCAUCACCGAGGAGAAGGAGGAAUUGAAAUGAGUUCAUGAUAUGAUAUGGUCGUUUGGAAGGCAUGAGUUAUCAGGGGGUUUUCUAAUGAGCUAUCAAAGAUCGGUAUGGCUGUAUCGCUGAUAAUGUUUAUGAUGCUUUUGGCGUUGAUGGGAUAUAAUGGUCAUAAUAUUUCUACCGCAUGCUCUCGUG